AUGUGUAUAGAUUAUAGACAACUAAAUGCUCUGACUAUAAAGAAUAAGUUUCCAAUUUCUGUGGUGGAAGACUUGUUAGAUGAGUUGAGGGGAGCAUCAUACUUCUCUAAACUGGAUUUAAGCUUUGAUUUGGAAAAUCAUAUUAAGCAUCUCAGGAUUGUUCUGGAAGUUUUGAAGCAGAAUCAGUUAUUUGCCAAAAAGACUAAAUGUUUUUUUGGUCAAAAUGAAGUGGAAUACCUGGGUUAUAUCAUAUCUAAACAUGGGGUAGCUAUUGACCCAGCAAAGAUCCAAGCAAUGAAGCAAUGGAAAUUACCAAAAACCUUGAAGUCCCUAAGAGGCUUCAUUGGCUUGACAGGAUACUAUAGAAGGUUUAUUAAGGGUUAUGGAGAAAUUGCUAAGCCUUUAACUACUAUGCUUAAAAGGAUCAAUUUCAGUAGACAGGAGAAAACAGAUUUGUCUUUGAACUUCUUAAGACUACAACGUGCCAUGCUCCUGUUCUAG